UUUAAAUUUGACAUUGACAAGCAAAAAAUGUAAUUUUUGUUUUGAAAAAUGAAUAUUAACCUUAUUAAAGUUGUUCAAAAUUUAAAAAAUUGUAAUAAAUUCAUAAAUAAGUAUGUAAGUUAUAAUAAAUUAUGUAAUUUAAAGUGUAUACGCCACAGCAGCUCCUUAACUAGUCUGACGACGUGUCGAAAAUCUAUUAAAAAUGGAAAUAUACCCAAUUUGUCAACAGAAAGGUGCUAUUGCGAAAACAAGAGUCCAGAAAACAAAUUACCUCCUUUAAUGAACAUUUCGCAUAUUGUGUGGCCUUCUAUAUUUAAAUCUUUUAGAAAUUUGUUAUUAACUACUUUUAUAAUUAAGCCUUAUUUUGAUCCUGAAUUUAAAAUAAAUGAUUUUGUUAAUGGUUCAAAGAAAGCAGUUGAGGUUGUUUCACACAAAUUAGUUGAAAGUAGUCUAGAGGAUUUAAAUGGAUUGGUUACAGAAGAUAUAAUACCAGAUUUGCAAAAAGCAUUAUCUUUAAUGUCUGUAAGCCAACGAGAACUUUUGGCAAUUAAAAUGGAAGAUAUUUACUUUGCAUUUCCUUAUCAGAUAGGAGUUAUUUUUAAUGAUGAUAAAGGGUCAGAAAAUCAAAAAAGGUUUGUGGAGAUUACAAUGGUUUAUCAUACACUCAAAGGUUUAGCAGCAAUGAAGAGUUCUGGUGAAGAACCACCAUUGAAUGCUGGAUCACUGCCUGAAUAUCAGGGUAGAAUAUCAAUUUCCAACUAUCGUUUUAUCAAGGAAUUUACCAAAGGAGUAGACAGUGACUGGACAGUAAAUCUGUUGAAUCAUUUUCGGCCAAUUGAUGACAUCAAUAACUUAUAGAUAUCUAGUUAUAAAAACAUUACAUAAGGACUUUACUGAGUUAUUUUAAAAAUUAAAUACAAGUUUUACAUAAUUAAA